AUGGGGCACCUCUUCCUCCCUGAAGAGACGAAUAAUCCUGCGGUAAUCAUCCUCGGACUUGGGAAUUAUCCUGAUUCCUGCAUCGACGGCAACCGCGCGUUCGAAUUUGAUGCCCAAGGAAAUAAACUUGUGAUUUACGCCUCGCCAUCUCGAAGCAUCGCGAAGAACGAUGGGGGCCUGAUGAAAUACAAGACUAAUCGAACUUCAAAGAGGACAAGAGGUUCCACAGGGUGA